UUGAGCCAAUUGCUUAAUGGUAAAACAUCAAGUUGAAUCACUACUUCCAAGUUUGAAACUUCCAAUACAUGAGGAUGGAUUAAUAGUAGUACUAGUAUUACACUAUUAGUCUAUAGGUGGAUCAUUUAUGAGUGACUUGUAUACAAAUAAGUAAAUAACACAUAGGGAAAAAUCCUAAAUGAAAAGGGAUGAAAUUUGUGGACAAAAAAUAAAAGUUGAUUAUUGAGAGUUUUUGGAAAUAAAAAUAAAACUCAAAGUCCAGUUACAUUUGUUCAAGUUUUUCCAAAUCAGACAACAAUGGCUUCCAAUUACAUUUGUUCUGUUCAUAUCACGCGAAACCCAACUUCAAUUUUCCCUUCAAUUCCUUCAUCUUUAUUUCUGAAGAUAAGAGACCUUACCAAAUUCAACUCCAUUAACAAUGGCAGUGUAGCAAAAACAAGAGAUAGAAGAAAGGGAGUUAUUGUGUGUGGAUUAUUACCUGUAGACCCGUGGGCACCCACCAUUGAUUCUCAAAGUAUUGCUUCUCAACUCUUUGCCUUUUCUCUCUUCCCUUAUUUGGGUUUUCUAUACUUCAUCACCAAGUCUAAAUCUGCUCCAAAGCUUACAGUUUUUGGGUUCUAUUUCUUGCUUGCUUUUGUGGGUGCAACUAUCCCUGCUGGAAUCUAUGCAAAGGUACACUACGGAACUUCACUAUCUAAUGUUGACUGGCUGCAUGGUGGGGCAGAAUCUCUGCUCACUCUGUCAAACUUAUUUGUCGUGUUGGGGUUGAGAAACGCUCUACGGGAAUCUAAAAUGUCCGAAGAGAAUCUAUCUGAUGAAGUUUCAAACUUAAAGGAGGAGAGUCCUUCCUCAUAGGUAUUGCGGUACAACUUAUGCAACUGCCGCGUCGACUUACUUGUUCGCAUUCCACUAUUGUCAAUAUGUAGCUGCAUGGAGCAUCUUGUUAUGAUUUUGGAUUCUCGCCAAAAUGUAAAUUUUAAUUCUAUUAUUGCAAUUACUCACCAUCUGUUCACACUCUUCUUAUUCAGGUAAUGUUUACUUUGUUACCUGGACAGUAUUCUUCUAUUAAGGUUUUACUAUCUGAAUCUACAGAAUUUUCGGAAA